GCAGAUAUUAAUCGCAUGAAAUCCCAGUUUAAGAGAGGGGGCGGAGGAAUGUGUAUAUCUUCAGACAAAGUGUGGCACAUAUUCAUGAAAUCUAUUGAACAGAUCGAAGGCUGUCAGAAGAGUACCAUCAGUUCCCAUAAGUCGUCCAAAGAGUCCCAUAAGUCGAAGAGUAGGUCUCAUAAGCACAGUGGUUAG